AUGGGCUUCGGCUCCCGCCUAUCCACAACGUUUGGACUUAUCCUCAUCGCCCACGCCGGCUACUCCGCGCACGAACACUCAAUAUUAUACGGCAGCGCCCAUUCCAUACCCCUCGAUAUCACAUUCGAAACCCUCGUUGCCAUCCUCUUCGUCACGGUUGGCCUAGUACUGGGAUCCGAGAAGCCACGGCCCAUCAGUUGGAGUGUUUGGGCAGGUCAGAUCGAGAAGGAAGGCGGAGCGCGAAAUCCUUAUCGCGGAUUCGAGGACCGAGUUGGGUUUUGGGAUGUUAGAACCAAACGAGAGGAGUUUGCAAAUUGGCUACGGGAAAACGGUACGGUUGACACGCAAUCGUGA